CCGAAAUUUAAAAAUUUGAAAAUAAAAGAUUCAAGGAAAAAUUAUGUCUGAUGCAGAAUCUGAAGAUGUAUCUCGCCUUCAAUCAGGAAGAGAUUCUAAAAAAAAUGAUUAUUUUUCCUCAAAAAAUUCUAGUUUCGAUAAAAUAAAAACAGAAUUGAAAAUUGAUUUUGAUAAAGGAUAUGAUGAAAAUUUAUAUAGCAAUGAUAGGGAUUCUAUUGAAUACAACACCAGUAUUCCCAUUGAUAUGGAUGAUGAUGAGAAGAAUUCUCAAAAAGAGACACAUAGACUUGUAGGUCAAUACACAGUUCCUGCUCAGCUUUUAAAUGAAUUCACUAAUGAGGAUUCUGAACCUAUUAGUAAAAGUAGAAGCAAGCGACAAAUUGUGAGUAGAGAAUCAGAUUAUCAAAAACGGCGUUUUGAUCAGAUACUUACUCCUGCACGACAUGAUGCAUUUUCUGAAGAUAGAAAAGACGGAGAUUCAGACAAAGGUCGCUCAUUUGCUGAUAUAAUGCGUGAAAGGGAUCUUGAAAGAGAAGAAGAGAGAGUUCAUCGUGCAAUUGCUAAGAAAAAAGAAGCUCAAAGUGAUAAUGAUAAAGAAGAUAAAGAAUCGAAGCCUAGAAAAAGACGUUGGGAUACCUCUGAACCAUCUUCUGAUGAGGCGUCAAGUAAAUCUAGCUGGAGUGAUACUCAGGAUACAUCUGUUACUAAGAAACGAUCAAGAUGGGAUCAAACACCUGCUCCUGUAGCUUUAGGAUCUGUAACUGAUGCACCCACACCCAAACAGUCACGAUGGGAUCAGACCCCUAUUAUUGGUAUUACACCUAUUGGUUUACAAGGCUUGCAAACACCUUUGCCAAAUAUGAUACCUCAAAUGCCUAUUUCAUUCGGGACAGAUGUUUCCCAGCGUUUUUAUGAUUUUUCUGAUGAGGAACUUGAUGAAAUUUUACCUGUAAAAGGAUUUAAGGUUCUUGAUCCACCUCCAGGAUAUGCUUCUAUACGAACACCUCUUAGGAAACUUGUGGCUACACCUGUAUUUUCUAAUGACGGUGGUUUUACAAUGCAGGAAGUAGAUAGCGCAGCUAAUAAACAGCUCAAUGCUGGACUACCAACUGAUAUUCCUGGUGUUGGUGAUCUUGCAUUUUUUAAACAAGAAGAUAUGAAGUAUUUUGGGAAACUCAUGGAUUCUACUGAUGAAUCUGAGCUUUCUGUUGAAGAAUUAAAAGAACGAAAAAUUAUGCGAUUAUUACUUAAAAUUAAAAAUGGAACACCUUCAAUGAGGAAAUCCGCUUUGCGACAAAUUACAGAUAAAGCAAGAGAGUUUGGAGCAGGUUCUUUAUUUAAUCAGAUUCUUCCCUUGUUAAUGGAACGUACUCUUGAAGAUCAGGAAAGGCAUCUUCUUGUAAAAGUUAUUGAUAGAAUUUUAUAUAAGCUUGAUGAUCUUGUGCGUCCAUAUGUUCACAAGAUUCUUGUUGUUAUUGAGCCUUUAUUAAUUGAUGAAGAUUAUUAUGCACGUGUAGAAGGUCGUGAAAUUAUUUCAAAUUUGUCGAAGGCAGCUGGGUUGGCUCAUAUGAUUUCUACUAUGCGCCCAGACAUUGAUCAUGUUGAUGAAUAUGUUCGGAAUACUACGGCAAGAGCUUUUUCAGUAGUAGCAUCUGCUCUUGGGAUUCCUGCUUUACUUCCUUUUUUGAAAGCCGUUUGUCGUAGUAAAAAGAGUUGGCAAGCAAGACAUACUGGCGUAAAAAUAGUUCAACAAAUAGCUAUUCUUAUGGGUUGUGCAAUUUUACCUCAUUUGACUAGUCUAGUAGAUGCUAUUGGAGGAGGAUUAGAGGAUGAGCAGCAAAAGGUUAGAAUUAUUACUGCUUUAGCUAUUGCUGCCCUUGCAGAAGCUGCUGCUCCAUAUGGUUUUGAAUCUUUUGAUAUUGUCUUGCGUCCACUAUGGAAGGGCGUUCAAAAACAUAGGGGUAAAGGACUUGCUGCAUUUUUAAAAGCAACUGGCUAUAUAAUUCCAUUAAUGGAUGCGGAAUAUGCAAAUCAUUAUACUACACAAAUUAUGAAAAUCUUGAUACGAGAGUUUCAAUCUCCAGAUGAAGAGAUGAAAAAAAUUGUUUUGAAAGUUGUUAGUCAAUCUGCUGCUACUGAUGGCGUAGAUUCUACAUAUUUAAGAGUAGAAGUUAUGCCUGAAUUUUUCAAAAACUUUUGGGUACGAAGAAUGGCUCUUGAUAGAAGAAAUUAUCGUCAAGUUGUUGAAACAACUGUAGAGCUCGCCCAAAAAGUUGGCGUUACAGAAAUUAUAGAAAAGAUUGUUGAUCAUUUAAAGGAUGAAAGCGAGCCAUAUAGGAAAAUGGCUGUUGAAACAAUUGAAAAAAUUAUUGCAGGAUUGGGCGCUGUUGACAUUAAUAAACGUCUUGAAGAACGUUUAAUUGAUGGUGUUUUGUAUGCUUUCCAAGAGCAAUCUAUGGAAGAUGUUGUUAUGCUGAAUGGUUUUGGAACAGUGGUUAAUGCACUGGGCAUGAGAUGUAAGCCAUAUCUUCCGCAGAUUGUUUCUACAAUUUUAUGGAGAUUAAAUAACAAGUCUGCUAAAGUAAGACAGCAAUCUGCAGAUUUAAUUUCUCGUAUUGCUGUUGUCAUGAAAACAUGUGGAGAAGAACAACUUAUGGGUAAACUUGGCGUGGUACUUUAUGAAUAUUUAGGAGAAGAAUAUCCUGAAGUUCUUGGAUCUAUUCUUGGUGCUUUAAAGUCGAUUGUAAAUGUUGUUGGAAUGACUUCGAUGACACCUCCAAUUAAAGAUUUAUUGCCUAGAUUGACACCUAUUCUUCGUAAUCGUCAUGAGAAAGUUCAAGAAAAUACUAUUGAUCUUGUUGGUCGUAUUGCUGAUCGUGGUUCGGAAUUUGUUUCAGCACGUGAGUGGAUGAGAAUAUGUUUUGAACUUUUAGACAUGCUUAAAGCACAUAAAAAAGGUAUUCGUCGAGCAGCUGUGAAUACCUUUGGUUUUAUUGCAAAGGCUAUUGGUCCACAGGAUGUGUUAGCUACUUUGCUUAAUAAUUUGAAGGUUCAAGAGCGACAAAAUCGUGUUUGUACAACUGUUGCAAUUGCUAUCGUAGCUGAAACAUGUGCUCCUUUUACUGUUUUACCUGCAGUAAUGAAUGAAUACAGAGUUCCAGAACUUAAUGUUCAGAAUGGCGUUUUGAAAUCUCUUUCUUUCUUAUUCGAAUAUAUAGGUGAAAUGGGGAAGGAUUAUAUAUAUGCAGUUGUGCCUUUGUUAUGUGAUGCAUUAACAGAUAGAGAUCAGGUUCAUCGACAAACAGCAGCUACUACUGUUUCUCAUCUGUCUCUUGGCGUUGUCGGUCUUGGUUGUGAAGAUGCAAUGAUUCAUUUAUUAAAUACUGUAUGGCCAAAUAUUUUUGAACAAUCCCCUCAUCUUAUUAAUGCCGUUAUCAACGCUAUCGACGGUAUUCGAACUGCUAUCGGGCCUGGUAUAUUAAUGAUGUAUAUUUUGCAGGGUUUAUUUCAUCCAAGUAGAAAAGUUCGUGAUGUUUAUUGGCGUCUUUAUAAUAAUAUGUAUGUUCAACAAGCAGAUUCAAUGGUUCCAUAUUAUCCAAAUAUUGAAGAUGAUGAAUGUAGUCAUUUUUUUCGUCAUGAAAUACAAGUUUGGGUAUAA